UACACUAUGGCGAGUAGCAGGCCAACGGCCAAAAGAGUAGUUGUGUACAGAAAUGGGGACCCUUUCACCCCAGGCCACCAGCUGGUGGUGACUCAACGCCGCUACCCCACCAUGGAGGCCUUCCUAUAUGAUGUAACAUCAGCCGUACAAGCUCCACUGGCUGUACGUGCCCUCUACACGCCUUGUCAUGGCCACCCUGUCACCGACCUGGCAGACCUACAGAAUGGAGGACAAUAUGUGGCUGCUGGCUUUGAGCGAUUCCACAAGCUCCCCUAUUUACCCCCAGGAGGGAAGAAGCCAGGUGGAAAGACCGGCAGACCACAAGACCCUCCCAGGACUUGCUACCAGUGUGAUGGGGCCCUUGGACAAUGGCUUCCUGCAGGUGCCCCCUGCUAUAUCCAUGUGUUCAGGAAUGGGGACCUGCUAAGUCCCCCAUUUAGUCUGAAGUUGUCUCAGGCUGCCAUCCAGGAAUGGGCAACUGUGUUGAAGCUCCUGACUGAGAAAGUCAAGUUGCAGACUGGGGCUGUACAUAAACUCUACACUUUGGAGGGGGUCCCGCUGUCUGCAGGGAUGGCUCUUGUGAAUGGCCAUUACUAUGUAGCUGUGGGAGAGGAUGAAUUCAAGGCCCUGCCUUAUCUGGAGCUGUUGGUGCCCAGCCCCUCCCUGCCCAGGGGCUGCUGGUAUCCUCUGAAGCCAAAGCACUGGGACACUGGAGCCUGGACCAGGAAUAGGAAAAGUGAGAACAGCCCACAACCAGGGUCCCUUCUAUACCCUCAGGGUAACAGGGCACCUGACACCCUGCACUCUCCAGAGGAAGCAGCAGGACAAACUGAGCCCUCUGCUUUCUAUGCCAGGCCCCAGCAGGCUAUUCAGUCAAGAAACAUUCUUCCUACUCCCUCGUUUCCAUCAGGAGUGAAGGGAGUGUACAGGGCUCCUCACCCAAGGAAAGAGACAGCAGGGGCCCAGGAAGUUGUAGAUGAUAAAGACACAUGGACCGAGGAGCCUUUAGAUCAGGUAGGCCAAUGGAUGGAAUGGAGAUGGGAGGAGUUCUGA